AUGCCAGUUAUUUCAGAAGCUCAGGUGUUUCUAAUCCACUUCUUGGUUGCAUCAGCUGUGUUGAUCGCCCUUCUCUAUUACUGUUUCGGACCCAGCUGCACUUACCUUAUUGACUUCGUCUGUUAUCUCCCACCAGAUUACUUGAGAUGUCCAAUCUCCAAAUUUAUUGAACAUUUUGAGUUAACUGGAUUCUUCGAGAGGGAAAGCAUUGACCUGCUAGAGAAAGUUCUGGAAAGAUCAGGAAUAGGCGAUGAGGCUUGUGUGCCUAUUACAUUACAUGAGUUGCCCCCUAAUAGCUCUUUCAACCCAGCUAGAGAAGAAAUUGAAGAAGUCCUCUUCACAGUAGUUAAAGAUCUGCUCGCAAAGCACAAGUUAAGUCCUAAAAGCAUUGACAUCCUUGUGUCGAAUUGCAGCAUUUUCUGUCCUACUCCAGCCAUUACUGACAUGAUUAUAAACAAGUUUGGAUUGAGAAGCAAUGUAAAGAGCAUCAGCUUGAGUGGAAUGGGUUGCAGCGCCGGGGUCUUGUCAGUAAGUCUGGCUAAAGAACUUCUUAAGGUUCACAAGAACUCCUUGGCUUUAGUUCUCAGCGCGGAAGCUGUGACUCCUAAUGGUUAUCUUGGUAAAAGAAAGUCCAUGCUCAUUAGCAAUACCAUAUUUAGGAUGGGAGGAGCUGCCCUUCUGCUAUCAAACAGGAAGCAUGACAAGCAGACAGCAAAAUACAAACUUGUGCAUCUGAUCAGAACCCAUAUGGGAUCUGAUGACAAAUGUUACUCUUGUGUCAUGCAACAUGCUGAUGAAGAUGGAAAUAUAGGUGUCUCGCUGUCAAAGGAACUUCUACAGGUUGCAGCUAACGCCUUGAAGAUCAAUCUACUUGAGUUAGGCCCUCGUGUGUUGCCGUACUCAGAGCAGCUGCUUUACUUGCGGUGGGUGAUUUGCAGGCAAAUGUGGCAUGCAGCGGGGCAAGAAGAAACUUAUGUGCCAAAUUUCAAGAAAUAUCACAUAUACUUUGCUAAAUCCAUAGUUAGUAUUCGGGUGUAA